GUGAAGAAAGCGUACCGGCAGAAGGCCCUGACUUGUCACCCAGACAAGAACCCGGACAACCCCAGAGCAGCGGAAGUCUUCCACCAGCUGUCUCAGGCCUUAGCCGUGCUCACAGAUGCAGCAGCAAGGGCGGCGUAUGACAAGGUGAGGAAGGCUAAGAAGCAAGCUGCAGAAAGGACACAAAAACUUGAUGAGAAGCGAAAGAAAGUAAAGCUUGAUCUCGAAGCCAGAGAACGAGAAGCCCAGACCCAUGAGAGUGAAGAGGAGGAGAUCAGGAUAACAAGAACGUUGGAACAAGAGAUAAUCCGCCUGCGUGAGGAAGGCUCCCGCCAGCUCGAGGAGCAGCAGAGACUCAUUCGAGAACAGAUCCGGCUUGAAAGAGAGCAGCACAUCCCAGGCAAGCAAGAAAGGAAUGGAGCAGAAGGCAAAAUAACUCCUAAACUCAAGCUGAAAUGGAAAUGCAGGAAAGAAGAUGAGACGAGAGGGGGAUACUCAAAAGACGUUCUGUUGCGGAUCCUCCAAAAGUACGGCGACGUGCUCAAUUUGCUGAUCUCCAGCAGGAAGACGGGGAGUGCAGUCGUGGAAUUUGCUACGGUUAAGGCUGCUGAAAUGGCUGUGAAGAAUGAAGUUGGCCUGAUAGAUAAUCCUCUGAAGAUUUCCUGGCUGGAGGGCCAGCCCCGGCACAGUCCCAGCACUGUCCUUUCUGACAGCGCUACUCAGCCUAGGACCUCCCAGGCGUCGGUGGUAUCGGAGCGGGAUUACGAGAGCCUGGUGAUGAUGCGGAUGCGCCAAGCAGCAGAGAGGCAGCAGCUUAUUGAGCAGCUCAAGCGGGAGGAUGAGGAAGAGUCUCACACCUAGCAUGAAAGAGUAUGGAUUCUUUCCCCACCCCCCCCAUCAUUCUUCAUUUCCAAAGCUGUUUCUUAAAUUAAGUCAAUAAACCUCCUUUUUU